AGGAAACAGAACACACACACACUCUGGUGUAGUUAGUAGACUUGAUGCUAACCACUACCAAACACAAUGGCUGAAUAUUCUAAAGUGAAGUCGACCAAAUUAGUUUUAAAGGGUCUCAAUAAAGGGAAAAAGAGGAAAAAUAAAGAUAAGAAGAAAAAAUCUGCAGACGAUGAAGAAAAACCUGACAUUGUCGCUGGCUGGUGGUCCGUCAGCAGCUUUGGGGAAAUCAGUGGAACAGUUGCCAUAGAGAUGCAGAACAACUCGUAUAUCCAUGCCCUGGAUAGUGGCCUCUUCACGGUCGGCGCACCUCAUGGAGCUGACGAAGGACCCGACCCCCCGGAGCAGUUCACUGUCAUUAAGCUCUCUGACGCAAGAAUAGCCUUGAAGUCUGGAUAUGGCAAGUACCUGGGUAUCAAUUCUGAGGGUUUGGUAAUGGGACGCUCUGAUGCCAUCGGUGCCAGGGAACAAUGGGAAGUCAUCUUCCAGGAUGGCAAAAUGGCUCUCCUGGCAGCAAAUAGCUGUUUCAUCUCCUACAGUGACAGUGGGGACAUCGAGGCCAAGAGCAAGACAGCGGGGGAUGGGGAGAUGGUGAAGAUCCGGUCGAGUGCGGAACAGGAGGUCAAGCAUAAAGACAAUAUUGCAGAAGAAGACAGGGGUAACGUGAAGUCCUGCGAGGUCAAUUAUGUAAAGAAGUUUCAGAGCUUCCAGGAUCGUCGGCUCAGAGUGAACGAGGGAGACGCCUCAUCGCUAAAGAAAGCCAGAACAGACGGGAAGUUCCACGAAGAACUGCUUGACAGGAGGAGCAAGAUGAAAGCGGACAGAUACUGCAAGUGAAGACUCAACUUUGUAGAGUACUCUAAUGUCUUUGUAAUAGUCUUGAUUUUUUAAUAGAUUUAGCCAUUUGAUCUUACUUUUAUUGUAGUCUUUUGUUUUUUUAUGAAUUCAAAUAAAAUAACAUGGUCAAUGCAG